CGCAGAACCGCCGCUGCCGCCGGGCCGCGCCGGGCGAUGCCGCGCCGGGCCCGGGGCCGCCGCCGCCGCCCUGAGCCCCGGGGAGCCGCCCGAGGUUCAGGCUUCGCUGCCUCCCGCAACGUGCCAGGAUGCUGCUGGGCCCAGGGAUGCACGACUGCGCCGGACGCCUGCUCCCUCAAAAGCCAAAAAGCAGGAGUUCAGGAUGGUUCCCCCACCACCUGUCAGCAAGCCCCAUGUGUGCCUCUCCACAGUGCUCAUCAUGACCAGCCUCGUCCUCAUGGAUGCCUACUUGGUGGAGCAGAGCCAGGGCUCCAGGAAGCUGGGCAUCUGUGUCAUGGUGGCAGUGGGUGACAUUUGCUUCCUGCUGGUGCUCCGCUACGUGGCUAUCUGGGUUGGGGCAGAGGUAAAGACAGCCAAGCGAGGAUACGCCAUGAUCCUCUGGUUCCUCUACGUCUUCGUUCUGGAGAUCAAAGUCUACUUUGUAUACCAGAAUUACAAAGCUGACCGGAAAAGCUUGGAUCUCAUCGCCCGCAAAGCGCUGACCUUGCUGCUCUCCAUCUGCAUCCCAGCUCUCUACGUGCUCCUGGUGGCCACGGAGCACAUGGAGUACGUCAGAACGUUCAAGAAGAAGGAGGAUCUCCGUAACCGCCUCUUCUGGGUCAUUGUGGACAUGCUGGACGUGCUGGACAUCCAGGCCAACCUGUGGGAGCCCCAGAAGAAAGGGCUGCCGCUCUGGGCUGAGGGCAUCAUGUUCUUCUACUGCUACAUCCUGCUCCUGGUCCUGCCCUGCGUGUCCCUGUGCGAGAUCAGCAUGCAGGGCAUCGGCAUCGUGCCGCACCGCAUGAUGCUCUACCCCAUGCUCAGCAUGCUCACUGUCAACAUCGCCACCAUCUUCAUCCGAGGCAGCAACAUGGUGUUCUUCAGGGAUGCCCGGGUCUCCAGCAUCUUCAUGGGCAAGAACAUGCUGGCCAUUGGCAUGAAGGUCUGCAUGUUCGUGCAGUACCAGCGGCACCAGCACCACGCGCCCCCCGGGCCGGGGCCGGACCCGCAGCCCAGCACCCCGGCCCAGCCGCCCUCGGGGCUGCGCAAGGCCCGGGACCAGCCUGCCUGCCCCGAGGAGCUGGCCCAGGACAACACGUGACGGGGCAGCAGGAGCUACAGCCUGGCCAUCCCCACGCCUGGCCGGAGCCACAGACCCGGGGCAGGCUGUGGAGCUCCCUGCCUGGACAGAGGGGAACUACCCCGCUCCCUCCUUCCCUGGGUGAAACCGCUCAGGGCCCUGAGGGGCGCGUGGUGAGGGCCCCCACAGCAGCCUCUGCAAGGCUGCAGGGCAGUUUGGAACCUCAGCACCUUCUGCAAGGCUGCAGAGCAGUUUGGAACCUCAGCACCUUCUGCAAGGCUGCAGGGCAGUUUGGAACCUCAGCAGCCUCUGCAAGGCUGCAGGGCAGUUUGGAAGCUCAGCAGCCCACCUGGUAAAACAACGGAGCAGGGGAUGAGGCCAGGGCCGCCUGCCAUGAGGUGUGUCUGGGUGAGGCCAGGCAGCCCCACCCGGUGCCAGGCUCCCUGCCAGUGCUCCCUGUGCAGCACUGCUCUCUGGCUGCUGCAUGGGGACACAGUGGGUCACCCACUUUUCUGUUGUGGUUGGCUCUGGCUCCAGUGUGGUCCUUGGCAGCAGCCUGCUCCCCACUGUGUGAGCUGAGGUCCCCAUGCAGGGGGAGCAAGGCCUGGACCUCCCCCUGUUGUCACCCCUCUCAGCCAGCUGCAGGCUUGGGGAGACCUAAAAAGGGGUGACUGUCCUUUUUUUGUAUCUCCCUCUUUGCAAUAAAAGACCUGAGCCCUGCA